GAGGAAGUGAGACCUUGAGCCUGCGACGGGGGAGGGGGCUCCUGUGUAUAUCUUCUUUUCUCUUUUUUUCACUAGUCGUGCAAAACAUAUAGUUCAAUGAAAGAAUAAUUUGUCAUUUGAGUACGUGGUCAUCGCAGCUAAAUAACAGCGUCCAAUCAGCUGCAGGGUGCCCCGCAGCCCCGCCCCCUCCACGCUGUCUAUAUAUAAUAUUGCAACAGCAGCAUUUAACAGUAACUGUAGGAGCAGACGCGGCCGGACCAGCGCAGUCUCACCUGAAUGGACGCAGCUCUCCCCUGAGAGCCACCACUGCUCACACACAACCCCGUCAGCGUGGGACGCUUCACCUCCACGUCCAGAAUCCAGCUCCAACACCGUUCGCGGCUCUUUGAAUUACAGCUGGGACAGAAGCGAUGACAGGGGGCAGCAACAUGCCUGCCGGCGAUGCACCCGCGGAAGGUGAGCUGCCCUGCGGCGCACCGGCUGGGGACGGGCCGCCGGAGGAGCAGAAGAAGGACACCUGGGAGGCCGCAGGGAGCGUCCCGCCGCGCACAGCGGCUCCGGGGCCGGAGGAGUGCGGCUUCGUGCACCCCGAGGGCGGCUGGGGCUGGGUGGUCAUGCUGGCCGCCAUGUGGUGUAACGGCUCGGUGUUCGGGAUCCAGAACGCCUUCGGGAUUCUCUUCCUCUCGCUGCUGCGGGAGUUCGGCUCCGAAGACGAUGACGACCUCCGGUUCCGAACAGCGUGGGUGGGCUCCCUCUCCAUGGGGAUGAUCUUCUUCUGCUCUCCCAUCGUCAGCGUCUUCACCGACAUCUACGGCUGCAGGAUCACUGCCGUGGGCGGUGCUGCGGUCGGCCUGGUCGGCCUCCUGGCCAGCUCCUUUGUCACGUCCCUGGGUCCCAUGUACUUCACCUACGGCAUUGUGUUCGCCUGCGGCUGCUCUUUCGCCUACCAGCCCAGCCUGGUCAUCCUGGGCCACUAUUUCAAAAAGCGUCUGGGCCUGGUGAAUGGCAUUGUGACGGCUGGCAGCAGCAUUUUCACCAUUACUUUACCAUUUGCGCUGUCACACCUGCUGGAGAAAGUGGGCCUUCAGAACACCAUGCGUGUCCUCUGCAUCCUUAUGUUUGUGCUGAUGCUGGCUGGCUUCACCUACAAGCCCCUCCUGCCCGUCACAUCCAGUAACACCCAAACAGGCAGACAGUGCCCCCCCAUGAGCAAGAUCUUCAAUGUCAACAUCUGGAAGUCUUUGGGGUAUCGCAUUUGGGCCUUCGGUAUUCCUGCCGCCCUCUAUGGCUACUUUGUGCCUUACGUUCACCUGAUGAAGCAUGUCGAGGAGCGGUUUGGACAAGAAGCCAGUAAAGAGGUUCUGCUCAUGUGCAUUGGCAUCACAUCCGGCGUGGGCCGUCUCAUUUUCGGCAGAGUGGCAGACUACGUCAAUGGAGUCAACAAAGUCUACCUGCAGGUGGCUUCCUUUUUCGUUAUUGGCCUCAUGUCCAUGAUGAUCCCUCUGUGCCACAUCUUUGGCGGGCUGAUUGCCGUGUGCCUGCUGAUGGGGUUGUUUGACGGUUGCUUCAUCUGCAUCAUGGCCCCUAUUGCCUUCGAGCUGGUCGGGGACAAAGACGUGUCCCAGGCCAUCGGCUUCCUUCUUGGACUGAUGUCUGUGCCUAUGACUGUGGGUCCCCCAAUCGCAGGCUUCCUGAGGGACAGACUCGGUAGCUACGACGUGGCCUUCUACCUGGCAGGCAUCCCACCGAUAUUCGGAGGAGCUGUGCUGUGUCUGAUACCCUGGGUGGAGGCCAGGCGCAAGAGGGUAGAGAAGGAGGCCCUGAACAAGGAGCAAGGUGUCACCCAGACAAUGAUCGAGCACGAGAAGGCUCGGGAAGACGCUCAAUGCAAAACAGGAGAGUCUGUCCUCUAAGUGCCACUCUGAACUAACUGAAAGAGUGACACAAAGGGCCAGACUGAGACCUCCGCUUAGUGGCAGCAUUAACUUACAAUCAGUGUGUGUGUGUGUGUGUGUGUGUGUGUGUUGGGGGGGGGGGGGGGGGGGGGGUUUGGGUUUAGCCCAGAUUAUAAUCUGCCUUUAGUAGGAGAAUUUAAAAAAUGCCAAAGCGAUGAAACAUAUCAGUAACAUGUUGGAGGUGUGCAGUUGAACAUGAAUGUGAUCCUGAAGAACUAUGCAUUAGGUUGUGUUAAUUGGACGGAAAUAAUCUUAGAACAGUAAAACAUGAAGCUUAAAUGAACAUGUCACAGGGAAAAUACAGUGAAAGCUUAAAUUCACAGUCUUGCCACAGAUAGCUUUCUUAAGGUAAAGGAGGACUUACAUUACUCCUUACAAUCAGUUUUACACUAUCAUGUACAUUUAUAAAAAUAUACAUAUACAUAUAUGUAGAAUGAUAUUUAUAGAAGGGAUCACAGUUGUUUGUAGGACAAUAACUUGAUUUAGCCUCAAUCUAACUUUGUUUUGCGUCAGUCCAAAGCAAAGUGGUCUGCUAAAGAUCUCUAUGGAAACCUCUAUUGUUGUCUCCAGUGUGCUCUGUGUAAAACAGUCUUAAACAUGCCAAAUAUCACAUUUCAUAUUAUUUCAAAGGGACUUUGUAGAGUUGGGAGGUGAUUGUCAGUGUCAGUUGUGAAGCUUCGGGCUCAUCUGAGCUGUAAAGGUGCUCCGACACGUCAAGGGAAGCAGCUUUAAGCACAAUGAUUUCACUCACUGUCAAUAACGCUGACGCGUCGACAAACAGUGCCGUCCUCCAGACUGGAUCCAGGUAAUCUGUGGGUGGGGUGGAGAUGGGAGGGGUGGGGAUGGGCAUAGAGGGCUCUGUGACAGGAGGAAGCCUCUAGCUCACUACUUAACAUUUCACUUUGCGUGUACAAAUGCACUCACUUUCAGUGAUGACUUUAAAUGUUGAAUCAUGGGAAACAUGAGAACGGUGUUUGUUUCAAGUCGAGGCUGACUGAAGUAUUGAAUUGAAGCAGUAUUUCAAGUGGUAGGACUUGCUUUUUAAGAUAUUAUUUUAUUUUUAAUUUUUAAAUUUGCUCUUUUUUUCCCUCUGUUAUUUGGCCCGAGGAUUUUUCACCUUUUACUUUGUGCAGCAUGAAUUCCCAAUGUGAUAACUCUGCUACAAAGCGAUGAGCACCAGGUCAUAAAACAAGUCUCACCAUGUUACAUGUUACAGCAUGUCUGCUUGGAUAGAUUGACCUCUUUAAACAAUAACAACAAAAACACUGGUGCAUAGUAUUCCCUCAACACUUGAUAAAAAGGAUAUUUCACAUUUAUAGUAUCUUAUGAUUUUAGAGACUCAGUCCUCUAUUAACCUUCAAUAGGAAAGUGUGUUUUAUUUUAUGUUAUUUUGUGGAGAAUGUAAUGCUGUAAAGCCUUUGUUUAAUUUUCUGAAGACCAAAAUGUGCUGAAAUGUAAAUGGCGGAAAGUGUGUUAAUUCUUUUUUCUUGUUGUCAUUCAUCACCGAUCUGAACCAUCACAACAUCACUGUUGACUGUUGACAGUGACAGGCUGCCCAAGGGCCGCUGACCUUGAAGACAAUACACCAUUGCAGAGUUGCUGUGUGUCGAUGAUUUAUUUCCUCUGCAGAACUGGGACACUCUCUACCUCAGAAUAAAAUAGAGUACAACUUCCCCAGCCUGGACUGUCCUGUUCCUCCUUCAGGGGCGGUUCAACAGUGUUCGUGUUUGAGCAGUGUGACCACAGAAAGACAAAGAAACCUUACAGUCAUAGAAGAUGAUCUCUCCGCCUGACGCUUUGCUCUUAAAUGAAAUACCUUAUUUUACACAAGUGUGAGAAGCUUGUCAGCAUUUACAACUUUUCUGCUCUAAAUUGAUAUGUUUAUUAUGACUAAAUCACAUCAGUUGCCUUUCUAUUUGAGUCUGUCUUUUUAAAUGAAAUGUAUGACUGUUAUGAGCAGACUGCCUGUUCAUAGUUUAUUUUUUAGAGUGAUAGCAAUUUGUGAUAUUCACUAAUGAGAGCCUCAAGUAAUUUCUUGUCAGAAAUUGCUUCAUUUGUACCUAUGAAUAUUGAUUGUAAACAUUUUUUUUAAUUAAUCUUGAUCACUUUUUACAGACUAAUUUAAUUAAGGCCUGGCUUCAUAUCUGCUUCUUGAAGUGACCUGUGCCAUUCAAAGAAAUGUCUGGAACAAUGUCCAUAAUGUUUUUUUAUUUAGAAAUGAUUUUAGUUCACAGCAAAGAGAUGAACGCCCUAUAAAACUGCCUUGACAUUCAAAAGGUUUUCUGUCUUAAUAGUGUUUACAGAGGUAUUAUGUGGCAAACGGCUCCUGUACCAUGUUUGGAGGUGUUUUUUUAGUUGAGCUAGUGUGACCCAGUGUUUAGGCAUUUUAUUAUUUGCUGUUAUUGUAUUGGCUCUCUAACGUCCAAUCCAACCACUGGAUUUGUUCAGAAUAUCUUUAAACAUGUAUGCAUGUUGUUUUUGCUGCAAGUGCAGAAAGUUUUAUCCUCAAAACUUUACUGCAAAGAUUGCAUCUUAGCUUUUUCUAUCCUGUUUUUUCAUAAUUUCUUUCUGUCCUUAAUGCUCAGUUUCAAUAUGUAUUGUUUGCUCUACGUUGCAUGUGGUUGAUUAUUAUUUUACCUCAUGAAUUAACUAAAUAUUUUCUACUUAGAUAUUAGUUUGCUAUGUUUGCUAUCUGCGACAGGAUGUGUGGUGACCUACAGUAUAUGCAAUGUAUGUAAAAUAAUCAGAUUUCAUCAUUUUCAAGACAGUAAACAAAAAAUAUGUUUA